AAACAUCGUUUGGAGGAGUUCCUCCUCGGCUUCCGGUCUGUUAAUCCACUUGUUGAGUCACGGAGGAGAACGGGGAGGUGGAUGGAAAGUGAAAGAUUCACUUAAACUCCAACAAUGGCGGAAACUGACAGGUAAAAAGCGGCAGUUAGGAAGGAAAAUAAAACCCGGCGCUUGAGCACGAUGUUCGGGCUAAGGGAAGCCGGUGUCCUCGGCGCCUCCGUCGCUCUCGCUGGGGGAGUCGCUUAUCUUGUCUGGAACUACGCGUCCUCCUCCGGGGAGAAGAAGCCUGAAACACGGCCGGAGAAAGACGGUAAAAGUGCCGAAGAGGAGCGAAGAGAGGAAGAAGCGGAACAAACGGUGGUCGCUGCUGAAGCUCCGGAAACAUCAGAGUCCAAGCCUGUGGAGUCCGCGGGGACACAAGUUCUGGUUCUGGGUCUGGAUGGAGCCGGUAAGACGAGCCUGCUGCACUGUUUGUCCACUGGCUGCUUGAAGCAGGACAUGCAUCCGACGCAGGGCUUCAACGCCGUCUCCAUCAACAGAGAGGACCUGCACAUCGAGUUCCUAGAAAUUGGAGGUAAAGAGGAGCUUCGGCCGUACUGGCAGAAGUACAUGUCCAGGGCGCUGCUGCUGGUAUUUGUGGUCGACUCCUCCAACCCUGAGCUUUUCCCCGUCGCUAAGAAGCAUUUACACGAGCUGCUGGCCUCCGACCCCCGCCUGCCUUUAAUGGUACUGGCCAACAAACAGGACCUUCCGGGAUCCUGCAGCAUCACCGACCUCCAUGACGCUCUGUCUCUGUCCGAGGUCGGAGACCGCAAGUUGUUCCUCAUCGGCACCCAUGUGAAGAAGAGCGCGGCAGAGCUCAGCUCCGGCGUCCUGGACGCUCGGGACCUGAUCAUCCAGAUGGUUUGCGACAGCAGAUAAAGCUCUGUUGGUGGUUGUCACUCAAUCCUGUGUUUUUGAUAAUGACCCUGAAAUGAUUUCACUACAGCAGUUUGUCUGAAAGUCUUAUUUAUUUAUGAGAAACAAACGUUUUUGUAUGUUUUUGGUAUUUUGUAUUCGGGAUUAUAGAAGUAGAUUCUGAAAACUCUUUUGUUGUUUCACCGUUUACGAAAAGAUUCGAUCUUUUCAUCUUCAUUUAAACUCUGGGACACACUUGUGUUCAAAUCUUCACCAAAGAUUUAUCUCCAUGAAAGCCAUGAAUGUUUCACUUUACAAGACUGUUACCCGACGUAACGAGCACUGGAGACGACUGUCCGAUGGCUCCGGAUGAAAGCAGAUUUGUUUCAGGCUGCACAGUCACUCAGGCCUUCUGUGUCGCUGCUGGGAGCAGCUUCAUCACCAGCUUCAUCACCAGCUUCAUCACCAGCUUCAUCACCAGCGACGAGCCGACAGGCAGCAGGUUCUCCGUGUGUCAUGAUCCACAGAAUAUUUAAAGCUGUUCUAGGCACGAUUUUCAUGAGAAAAUUAAACGCAUCACAUCAACUAAAAGUACAAAGUGAGGCGAUGGUACAUCUCUGAGGAUUUAAACUUUUCAAACAUUCACACUCGACUAUCGCAGCUUUAAGAAAAAGAAGAUCUUAAACUUGUGAUCCGUUGACGAGCGUUCUUAUGUGCCGUUCAGAUUUCAACUAAUUAAAAUGUGACGGCACAACUACUUACAGCUCGGGUGGGGAAUGUAUUUUAGAGAAUUGUUUUUAUAUAUUUGUUGAAAUACUGGCUUUACAUCCACACAGAAAUCAAUAAAUCAAAUGCUCUGACAAAAUAAAACAGCUGUUGACGUAAACGAGUCGAGAGAGCUGCUUUAAUAUUCAGCUGUCUUUGCAUCAUACUGAGUGAUCAGACGCACAGCCAAUAACUUUAUACCUGCAGGAGUGUUGUUGUUAUAUUACAGCUUUAAAAACAGUAUUGCUUUUAUGACCCAGGUCAGUACGUACUUUGAUAAGUGUUUAUCUUAAAGUUUACUUUAAGCUUUGUGUUUUUGCUGCUUGUUCCUUGUUAGUUCGUCUUAAUCCUUGUUUAUUUGGUGAAAUCUGUUUAAUUCACUGUUCGUUAACUUUGGGAUAAAGGGGAACUACAUUGUUGUGUGCAAAGUCUUCAUGUGUACCUUUUUAAAAAAGAAAAGAAUGUAAAGGUUUUAAAGAACACUUUCUUUUUUUAAUUCAUCCAGAUUUUCAGAGUUGUUUUCCAAUACCAAAGCAUGUCCCACAUCCAGUAUUGUGUGAACAGUAUUGUGUGAACAGUAUUGUGUGAACAGUAUUGUGUG